AUGCGGCUUAUCAACACCCGAACCCUCCGGAUCCACGACUUCGUGGGGAUGCGGGUGCCGCCGUACGCGAUCCUGUCGCACACCUGGGGCCGCGGCGAGGUCACCUUCCAGGACUGGAAUCGGCCCGACGGUCGGCACCGCGAGGCCUUGGCCGGGUACCCCAAGAUCGCGGCGACCUGCGCCCGGGCGCGCGAGCGGGGGCUGGACUUCGCCUGGGUCGACACGUGCUGCAUCGACAAGACGAGCAGCGCCGAGCUGAGCGAGGUCAUCAACUCCAUGUUUGCCUGGUACCGCAACGCGGCCGAGUGUUUUGGGUACCUCGAGGACGUCGAGGAUCCCAACGUGGAGGCCGUCGUCGCGGAGCCAAGCGGCGUCGGAAUGGCAGGGCGCGUCGGCUUCUCCGACAGCCGGUGGUUCACGCGCGGCUGGACGCUGCAGGAGCUCCUCGCGCCGCACGACAUGAGGUUUUUUACCCGGGAUUGGGUGCCCAUCGGCCGCAAGCUCGACAUGGCCGAAAAGCUCGAGAGCAUCACCGGCAUCGAUAAUAAAGUGCUCGAAGGCAACGAGCCAUUGGGCCGUGUUAGUAUAGGCCGCCGCAUGAGCUGGGCUGCCAACCGGCGGACCAGCAGGCCCGAGGACCGCGCGUAUAGCUUGCUGGGUAUUUUUGGCGUCAACAUGCCGCUAAUUUACGGCGAAGGGGCGCGGAUGGCGUUUCGGAGGCUGCAGGAACAGAUACUGGCGCGGUCCGACGACCAUACUAUUUUCGCGUGGCGCGCAUCGGCGACUGACGAGCAGGACGAGGCAGAACAGGACGGCGCCGCCACCGCCCCCUCCACGACCAAUAAGCACGCGUCCGGGCUCCUCGCGACGGGGCCGUAUCAGUUCCGCAACUUCCUGAACCGGCCCGGGACCAACACGGGCCUCGCGGGCAGCGUGGCGUCCGAGGGCGACCCGCUCGACAACAUCGUGCGGGUGUGGGACGACACGGCGCCGCAGGAGCCCAUCACGCUGACCAACAGGGGCAUCCGCAUCACGGGCCGCGUCGUGGACCUGGCGCCGGGGUCGAGGCGCCACGAGCUGCUGGUCCUGGUCCUCAACUGCUCGCCCGGCUGGAACCCGCUGCUGAUGACGGGCAUCUACAUCCGGCGCGAGCGGGGCGUCCAGUACUCGCGCCUGCGGCCCGACGAGCUGGUCGAGAUCGAGGUCGGCGGCGACGGCAGCAGCGGCGCCUCGCCCUGGCUCCAGACGCUGACGCUGUACGGGCUCGCGUCGGCCGAGGACGUGCGCGGCCACAGCUACGUGCGGCCCUGGACCUCGGCCGCCGAGAUCCGGCUCGAGAUGCAGCAGGAGAGCCACCUGAACGCGCUCGGCCUCGGCCGCCUCAAGGACGUGGAAAAAGAAGAGGAGGAGGAGAAGAAGCAAGAGGGCGGCGAGGAGUCGGUGGUGGAGAUGGCGCCGGCGCCGGCCACGAUGACCGAGGUCGGCGUCGUCGAGCGGUACAGCAACGCCUUCUACAUGAAUGAGGGCUGCUUCAACCCGCGCGUCCUGACGGGGGGCGGGUCGCCGUUUGGCGGCUACGCGUUGCAGACCAUCCUCACGGGCACGUCCAAGGGCCGCUACCGCCUGUUCCGCUUCGACCCGACGGAGCGCGACGACCUGGUCAUCAAGAACCGCAGCGACUUCCGCGCCGUCCUCACCUUCACGUCGUCGGGCGACCCUUCCCACGUGCUCCUGGUCCUGCUCGCCACCAACGAGGUGCCGCUGACGGGCAGCAGCAAUGAAAGAGGCGACGACAGCUCGCCGCCGAGGCAGGGCCUAUGGUUCAACGUUGUCAAGAGCACGCGCCGCGACCAGUGGACCAAGGUCGGGCUCGCGGCGGGCUCGGACCCGACCACGGCGCUGGACCCGGAGAGCCUGCUCCUCGGGGCCGCCCCCGUCGAUCCGAGCAAGCCGCACCAUUCGGUGACGGUAAAGGUGUCGGGGGACCUGCUCGUUACGGUGCGCGUCUGGACCAAGGCGACCACAUCGAAGUGA